AUGGUGGAUAUAAUAUUCAGCUCUGCUUUCCUGAGUGAUAUGGGGGAUCAUUCCAAAAAGAAGUCUGGAUUGGCGAUGUGUGUUGGCUGCGGUAGUCAGAUCCAUGACCAGUACAUCCUCAGGGUCUCCCCCGACCUGGAGUGGCACGCAGCCUGCCUGAAGUGUGCAGAAUGCAGUCAGUAUCUCGAUGAGACCUGCACUUGCUUCGUACGAGACGGGAAAACAUAUUGCAAAAGAGAUUAUGUAAGGUUGUUUGGAAUAAAAUGCGCGAAAUGCUGUCAGGGCUUCAGCAGCAGCGACUUGGUGAUGAGGGCCCGGGAACAUGUUUACCACAUCGAGUGUUUUCGCUGCGCGAUGUGCAGCCGGCAGCUUCUGCCAGGAGAUGAGUUCUCCGUACGAGACGAUGAACUGUUGUGCCGAGCGGACCACGGGCUACUGCUUGAGCGCGGUGCGGGAGGAAGCCCUCUCAGUCCAGGACACAUUCAUUCCAGUAGGGCUUUACAUAUGGCAGCGGAACCAAUCUCGGUCCGACAAGCACCACAUCGUAACCAUGUGCAUAAACAGUCGGAGAAAACCACUCGUGUGCGGACAGUUUUGAACGAGAAGCAACUGCACACGUUGCGGACAUGCUACAACGCUAACCCACGACCGGAUGCGCUUAUGAAGGAACAGCUUGUGGAAAUGACUGGCCUGAGUCCUCGAGUCAUCCGGGUCUGGUUCCAAAAUAAACGGUGCAAGGACAAAAAGAGAUCCAUUCUUAUGAAGCAACUACAGCAACAACAGCAUGGCGAUAAGACUAAUCUACAGGGUCUCACAGGCACUGCUUUAGUGGCGGGUAGCCCUAUCAGACACGAUUCGUCGGUAUCGGGUAACCAAGUGGAGGUUCAGAGCUACCAGCCACCUUGGAAAGCACUCAGCGAGUUCGCCCUGCAGAGUGACCUAGACCAGCCCGCGUUUCAACAGCUGGUUUCUUUCUCGGAAUCGGGUUCUUUAGGAAACUCCUCGGGCAGCGAUGUGACCUCUUUGUCGUCGCAGUUACCAGACACACCGAACAGCAUGGUACCAAGCCCUGUGGAAACGUGA